AUGGAUGACGCAUUGCUGAAACCUUCGAAAGUGCGAUGCUCUGUCAAGAUUGGAUCACCGUGGGUGUGGGACGAAGAAUGGCAGGAUUACACCGAGAAAACACCAGAUGUGACUGCCGUCGGUACUCUUGUCGAAGUCAAAGAUCCCAAAGCUUUGCGAGCAAGGGAAUUUCGCGCCGACAUGGUCCAUGGGCCAGAUUCCACAAACGAGGACGUCAUCAUGUGCGAUUUAGCUCCGACGCUGGAAGCUGUUCUGAAUGGCACUGAUGCUGUCCUUCUCGUGGCUGGUGUUUCCGAUGGUGCACAGGCUGAACUGAUGGAUGGUGCUGAAGGGCUUGCGGCAGCAGCAGUGUGGCAGUUGGCAUCGGAGUUGCAUGACCGUCAGGCCAGCCACCGCGCAAACGGUGCUGUCGGAUACACAUAUCACAUGAGGCUGCAGACUUUCCACCUCUCUGGCGAUACCAUUGUCGACCUCUUGACUGAUUCGCCAGAAGCUUCACGAUUGGUAGAUUUGCCACAAGGUGUCAUGGUUGAAGGCGUCCGCACAGCUAGUGCAACAUCAGCCGACGAGUUCAUGAAAUACGUUGAAGCUGCUCAGAGACGUCGAGAUCCAGAAAAAAGACAUCAAGGAGGCACCGCGUUUGUCAUUGACGUGACCCAGGCAGAUUAUUAUGAAGGAUGGGGACUUCAUGCACGUUUCAUUCUUCUGGAAACAGCAGUUAUGGACUGUCUGGCGGAGGACAAGGGUUUGGUUCAACUUCGUGAGGGUUUUGAUCGCUAUCGCGGUGUAUACCACAUGCGCAGCUUGGUCAAGUCGUGGAAAAGCGGCGAACCUGGAGAUGCGAAUGGAUCCUACUUGACAUGGCUUCUUCGAGAUGUCUUUACAGGUGGCAGUGUGGAGGUGCAUCUCUUAUUCUGUGUCGCGCAGGGCAAGCCUGCCAUCAGCAUCGCGUUAAUGGAGUUCAUGGAGGACUUUUCCAAAGUAUAUACAAACCCAGUUACGCAAGAUCAUAGAGUUGCAGGGUGGGCAAGGGCAGUACGCUCCGAGCGCUUAAUGCUGAAGCAGGCGAUCGAAAGAGGAGGGAGCAGUGUCGAUCGCGACACGCGGAGCCUUGUCAUGGAGCUGGAAAAGCGAUUGGCCAAUGCUGAAAGGCAGAAGGAAGAAGCCCAAAGAAUGGCCGAUGCGCGCCAAGACCGGGCAAAUUCUUUUCAGGACAGGUAUGUCUCUGCCUUGGAGAACCAGGAGUUGGUGAACGAGAGGCUGAUGGGUGCUGAGGAGGAGCAGUUGAAGGCGAUGCAGUCAUUGGUGGAGGCGGAGAUGGAAGCCUCGGAAGCCAAGGAUGAGCUGAGCGAAAUACAGUACACCGACAACAUUCUACUGAUGAUGCUUGAGCACGAGGUGUCCGAAAUGCAGGAGUCCUCACAGAAGAUGACUGCUGAGUUUGCUGGAAAGCAGGCCAAAAAGUUGCACGAUGCCGAGAGCUUGGCCGAGGAUUUACGCAUGCGCUUGGACGCGGCAUCUGAAGCCAAGAUCCAAGCUGAGAUCCAGAAAGAAGUCGAGAAAGGUGACUUGGAGAACCGUGUGCAGGCGCUGCGUUUGGAGCUCCGAGAACGGAAGCACGAUGGGGAGAGCUUGUCUGAGGAUUUACGCAUGCGCUUGGACGCCGCAUCUGAAGCAAAGAUCCAGGCUGAGAACCAGAAGGAAGUGGAGAAAGGUGACUUGGAGAACCGUGUCCAGGCGCUGCGAUUGGAGCUCAGAGAACAGCUGCACGAUGCGGAGAGCGUAUCAGAGGAUUUACGCAUGCGUCUGGACGCUGCAUCUGAAGCCAAGAUCCAAGCUGAGAUAUUGAAAGAAACGGAGACAGGUGACUUGGAGAACCGUGUCCAAGCAUUGCAUUCGGAGCUCCGAGAACAGCUGCACAAUGCGGAGACUGUGUCCGAGGAUUUACGUAAGCGCUUGGACGCUGCAUCUGAAGCCAAGAUCCAAGCUGAGAUCCAGAAAGAAGUCGAGAAAGGUGACUUGGAGAACCGUGUGCAGGCGCUGCGUUUGGAGCUCCGAGAGGGGCGUUUGGCCGAAUCCAUGCAACAUGUGGAGGAGGAGCGUGGAAGGAUUCAAGAGACCAUGAAUCAAGAAGUUGAGCGCCUGAGGCAAGACGCCCUGGAGCCCGGUCGGUUGACACAGAUUCAAGAUCGACUUCUUGAAGAGGUUCAAGCAUUGCGGAGUGCUAACACCUUUGCCGCGAACGCAUCUGCGAAUGCAGACCUGCAAGAACUGAACCGCUCGUUGCAGGCUCGGGUAGCGUUCCUGGAGCAGCAGACCCCUCCCGACAGACGAGUGCAGGCCCAGCGUCUAACGUUCCUCGAGAAAAGUGUCCGUGACCUGGAGGCUGAGAGGUCAGCCCUGCUGGUGCGGGCCACCGUGGCUGAAGAGCAAUUGAAGCAACUGCAGAAGCAUUUGAAGGAGAUCACAGAGGAUUACCAGAUGCAAAUCCUUAACUUGAAGAUGAAGGGGCGGAGCUAG